AUGGAAUUGGGCGAGGGCUUCGUGGUGGGGGUCUUUGGCGUGCUGUUCACCAUCGUUAAGGAGCGCUACAACACCGGCGUGCGCUUCCUGCUCGUCAAGCUGGCAUUGGACUUCUGCCAGCUCUUCACUGUUGUAUUCACGACCAGAGACGGAUGGGUUAUCGAGAAGGGUCUAUGGCUGUGGAAGGUGCUCCAGGUGCUGCAAAUCGAGGACCUCAUUAAGCCCCGGGGCUACACGAUAUUUCUGGUGGCGCUUUACAUUAUGAUUGCACUUUUGGGCGCGGCACUGGCGCUGGCCGCAUGGGUGGCAUGGUGCUUUCAGAACCGCAAUUUUCCCUUCGUGUGGCCAAUUAAGGUGCUCCGCGUGUACGCCAUCAUCUUCUUCCACAUCCUGGAUGUGGCCGCAUUGGCGCUACUGCAGCUGCCUUUUGACUGUCGUUGGAUAGGCUUCCCCAAGGCUGACCGCAACCUGCUGGCCAUGUUCCCUAGCACGGUGUGCACAAACAUGCCCCACGUGGCCCACAUGAGCGCCGCGGGGGCGGCCAUGGCGGCGUAUCUGUGCAUGGCUCUACUCAACCUUAUGGCGGCGCCACGCUCGGCCUGCGUCUCCCCAUUGACGGCUCACCACAAUCAUAUCACCCCAUAUUUCUAUGCACCGGUGCUGUACCGCAACCGCCAACAGGACUUUGAACUCAACCCUACAACGAGGAACCUUUAUGCAACCGCCAAUAGCAGUGUCCAGGUUCGUGCAUUUUGCGUGAAGUUCCUCAUGACCGUCGUGUCGUACGGCGUCGGUUGGGAGAAGGUCAAGGUCAUCCUGCAGUUCGCCUUCUCAUGCUACCUGACGUGGAUCUACCUGAAGUGGCAACCACACCUAUUCGGCUGGGUCAACCACCUCCGAGUGGGCCUUAACGCCUGUGUCGCCACCAUCGCCCUGGGGGCCGUCAUCCUGGUCUUUCAGGACUCGGCUGACUUGCGCUUCCGGGAACGAGCCACCACCACAUUUUUGUCCAUGAUGGGCAUCGCCAUGUGCGUCGGCACGCUUGCGUCGUACGUACGGCUGAAAUGGUUCACGAUGUACGUGCUGACGCGGUACCGUACGGCACCACCGGGCCAGAAGGCACGCCGCAUCUACAAGUUCAAGGAUUCCCGGGAGGUUGAGAUCGUGGCGCGUGUCUGUCGCAAGUGGACAGAUCCGCACUACGAAGUGUUGGACCGCGCCGCCGCUAAGGAGGCUGAGAUCGUGAUCAAGGGCGGCAUGCAGAUGUUCCCGGGCAACGCCUACAUGAUCAUCACGUACGUCAACCUGCUCAUUGAUGUGCUAGAGUCCACGCAGACGGGCUACAGCCAGCUUCAAGUGGCCAAGAAGUGCAACCCGGGCCUCAUGGAGCGCUUCGCGAUCUUUGCACGAGAGCAGGAGCACAUGCAGCGUGCCACUGGCGCAAAAUCUGGCGAGAGCAGCGUUGACCUGGUGUCGUACGUUGAAUACCAGCGCAACCACAGGCUGGUCCUGCGUGCGCACCGCGCCGCCUUGGUGGCUAUCCGCAACUUCUGGCAGCUGCUGCUUCACAACACGGUCGCCUUCACAUCACUGGCCAAGGCGUUGCACCGCAUUGAAAAGUCCGUCAACGUGGCAGAGGGCUUUUAUCGAGCCGCGUUGGUACGCUACCCGUCCAGCCCCAAGCUGCUUCGAGGCUAUGGGAAGUUCCUGGAGGCCGUGAAGAACAACCCCUGGAAAGCAGCAAAGUACUUCAGCGAGGCGGAGAAGCUGCAGGAUCUGCAGCAACAGGACGAGGCUACCAUGGCCAUGAUGGGCACUGAAGAGGGCGGCAUGAUCGGCACCGGCACGCACCUGCUCCACAGGGUGGAUGAGCGAGUCAACAUUGUCUUCCUGAUCAACAGCGCAGGAAUCAUCCAGCUAGCCAACAAGAACGCCUGUUCGCUGCUGGGCUACGGUAAGGGCGAGCUGGACGGCAAGAACAUCAACAUCAUCAUGCCACCUCCCUUCAGUCAGCGCCACAACAGGUACAUCCGGCAGUACAUCCAGACCGGCCGUGAGCGGGUCAUCAGCUCUAUCAACACGGUGGUCGCGCUGCAUAAGGCCCGUUACGUGCUCCCGGUGAAGCUGGCGGUGUCCAAGGUGUCGGGUGCCACGGAGGAUUCGAUUUUCAUGGGCGUCCUUGAGGCCAUCCCCGUGGACCCCUCUGAAGCGCACCUGUACAUCCUGCCCAACGGUGUCAUAACCGCCAUGGACCAAGCGUUUGCAGAAUGGAUGGGCUUUGAGAUGAGUGACAUCAUCGGCAAAGACGUGGCAACGCUGAUCGCCAACCCAGAGCCCCUCAAGCAGGUGCUGCCAAAGUUCGACACAUCCGCGGCAGCGCGUGCCGAGGCCCUGGCCUCCGGUGGAUCCGGCGCCGCUGCGGCCGCGGCCGCCACUGCAGCAGCCGGCGCCGCACCACCCACUCACAAGUUUGGCCACAUGAGCCUGGGACUGAGCAUGGGCCUAGGCAACCAUUACAACUACCACGGGCCCGCCGGCGUGGUUCCGACAUCUGACCCGGGGGUCGUCCACAUGGUGGAGGCCCUGCCGUCUAUUCAAUUCCACCACAAGUACACCCGGCCAGUGGACUGCAGCGUGUCCCUCAAGCGGUUGGGUGUAGGGCCCGUGGAGUGCAUUGUGGAGCUGACGUUGCGUCGCAACGGUCCGGCGCACUUGUUGGCCUUGACGGGGCCCAGCGGCAGAGUCAGGUACAUUGCCAGCGAGCUGGCUCGCGCACUGGGCACCUCUCCUUCCGCCCUGCACCGACAGCCUCUGGGGGACAUCAUGCCGCAGCCCUGGGGCACCCUUCACGCCACCUGGAUCAAGGGAAUGGGCGGCCAGAGCGCCGCGUCUGCGGCUGCUAUUGGCGCCAUCGUGCCGGGCAGCUGCCGCAGCGGCAUCACCACCGUGCUGGGCUCCUCCCUCCGCAUGCAGGGCUACUACCGACUGGCCAUCAGCAGCAACGACGAUUCGGGUGAGGUACGGCACAUGGUGGAGGCUCAGCCUAGUACGCGGGAGGAGGCCUUGUCAGAGCGGCGACUGGUGCUGACGGUCGACGCUGACGGCAUAGUGACGGAGGUAGACGACGGGCCCACGUGGCUGUACGGCUUUGCGCCCAAGCAGCUCCUGGGCCGCAGCCUUGCCGACGUCGUCACCACGCUCCGGCCGGCACGGCGAUCGGGCGGCGGCACCGCCGACAGGGUAGCUAGCGGCGGUCCUGGCUGUCCUGGCUUGGAGGGGGAUGAGGACGAGGAUGAGGACAACGUGCCCGUCACAGAGCUACUGUCGCUGCUCAUUUCCAGAGCCAUGAUGCAGAGUGGCGUGUCCUGGCGCGUGGGCGUCACAGUGCCCACAGACGAGGCGGAGCUUCAGGUGCUUGGCGCCAUGCGCCAUGCCGUGAUGGCCAAGCGCACCACCCCGGCCAUUAUGGAGAUUGAGGUGUCGCUGGAUACAACUGCGCUGGGCGGCGAAGCAUCCGCGAGAGGCACUUCGGCCAGCGGAGCAGUCACCACCAGCAGCCAGCAGAGUGCCGCCGGCACCGCCACCGCUGCUGCAACUGCAGGCGGGCCCACACAGCCGUCCAUUGCUGGCGGCGCUACGCUGCCAACACCAGCCGGUGCUGCGCCCUCCAUCAUUGCUGCCGCUGCCGGAGGGGGCCCUGUAGCGCGGCGAAGUAGUGGGCAGCUGCCGGAUUUAGGGGCUGGCCGCAGCGGUGCAGGCGGCGGCACGUGGCGUUCGAGCCGGCUGUCGUCCUCCAGCGGCAAUCAGCAGUCGCUCGCCGUCGUCGCUGGAGCCGACACCGGUGCGAGCGGCGGUUUGGCGGCCGGCGAAGGCGGCGGAGGCCCCGGUGGUGGCGGAGGCGGCGUCGACGAGGCUGGUUCAGCGUCAACACGGCGGCAGCCUGAUCGACGCUCCGCAGUGCCACGUGUACGACGGAAGAGCUGGAUCGCAGUGGAGGGGCCGCGCGGCGGUAUCAUGGUGAUCAGCGGAGCCGCGAUGGAGGAUGCCGCCAGCAGCGGCACAAGGCCCACUAUGCGCACCCUCACCCGGCGUUCCUCCGUCAACUCUGCCAUUUCUUCCGCCUUGUACAGCAAUCCCGCUGCCUGCGCCGUGGACGCCGACGGCACAGGGCAGGUGCAGUCUGCCGCGCUUCUGUGGGGCGAAGACGGAGCAGUCGACGGGUCGAUCGAGCGAGGUCGGCGAGAUUCGCAGGAUCGGCAAAGUACACUGAGUCGAGUGAGCAGCGUUGCUCCGCAGGAUGCCGUUUGUUCGUCAAGUGUCAAAGCUGGCGGUGAUUGCCUGCCGCCGUCGGCGGAGCCGUCGGCAUCGGCAUCAGCAUCGGCGGAGCCGUCGCUGCUUACGGCAGUGGCGUCGCCGCGCGGUCACGACGCCGCGUCGCCGCCACCACUCCCGCGUCCUUUCUUGCCGUGCAACCCGCCGGAGACAUUCCGGCUGCCGACAUGGAAAGGGAGCGUCGAUAACGCCACUGCGGCCGCCGCUACUGCCAACACCUCCGCCAUGGCAGCCCCAGUCACCGAGGAUAGCGGCGGGCAGGCCCUGGUUUGCGCAGAUGACCCUGAUGGCGCCGUUGAAGCUGAUCAGGAGCGCGUGUGCGGGGUGAAGACUUCAGCGGGCUUUGGCAGCAUCCUUGGCGAGGAUGGCGGCACGGGCAAUCCCGCCGACGGCAUUGCCGCCGCCGCCGCUGCCCCCAGCUGCGGCGGCAAUGACGAAAACGUUGUCGGCCGCGUAGGUCCUGAGGUAGCUGCCAAGAACUCACUGGGCUGGCGGCAGCCUGGGCCACUGGCGGAGCGUAAUGAGGCCAUCGAUGACCUGUUAAUGGAGUUCCAAGCUGGCGCCCCCGUCGGCGACCACGACCCUUCACCUGCCGUACUUGAUACCGCCGACAGCGCUGUUGUCGAUAUGGAGGGUAUGGCUGGGCUCGGCGGCGGCUUCCGUAUCAGCGACGCAAGCCCGGUAGUGGUGCUUGAGGCGCGGCAGAUGGCUGCUAGGGAAGCUGAGAUGGAGAUAGCCGCUAUGAAGCGCCACAGCGACGACAUUUCGAGCGCCACGGUGUUCCUCACGAAGCUGCUAAGCGCGAGGAUCAGCCAGGGCGCGUCUAACGGUCCCAACGACGUCGGGCUGGCGUCUCGAGGACAGAACUUUUUAGAGCGCCAUGAGGGUGAUGGCAGCACCGUGGAGCUGCCGCCGUCAGUGGCGGAUGACGCUCGGGUUGUGGUUAUCCGGGUCAGCCUGUGGAGGGCGGACCUGCUCACUCCGGUGCUGGAGGUUGACCCCAACGGCUGCAUCGCGGCCAUGGUUGGAGAGGACUUGGCACCCCCGGGCCUUCUAUUCGGUGUGCCCACGAGCUCUAUGGUGUCCAGGUCACUGUACAGCUUCCUGAAGCUCCAAGACCGCAGUGUAGCUGGAUUAUUCCACGACCCCGGCACCGCCAAGCGUGGCGGCCUGAAAACAACCGCCAAGGAGGCCAACAAAGUCGGCACCCUGCGUGAGGUCAUGGGCCGCCAUACGGACGGGGAGCCGCUGGAGCUGACUUUGCAGGCGGUCGUCAAGGAGUCAACACCCAGCCGUACCUAUGUCGUACUCAAGCCGCGCAAGCCGUCCAAGGGCAUCCGUGGUGUCCUCCUGCGCAGCGUGGAAGACCUGGUUCAUGCGCGGAAUGAGGACGACAGUGCGCUGCUACCGCAGUCGCUGCCGACGGUGGGAGAUUUGCAAGAUGCGGACCACAGCGGCGCGUUGUCGUUUCAGGACAUGGUUGGCGGAGGCGCGGAGGCGGCGGCGGCGACGGCGGGCGCUGGAGCGGAGGUGUACGGCUAUCGAGGUGCUGCCAGAGCGGCAGAAACCGGCCCAGCGCCGCAUUUCAUCCGCCACCGGGCACUGCUUCGUGCAAGCCUUGACUCUGUGGGGUCUCCAAACCGGUUACGGUCAAUGGAAGGAAUUACCGCUGCGAUUGACCGGGACGGCAUCCGGGACCAGCUGCAGGUCCAAGGGAACAAUGCGGAAUGCGGAAUGGGGUCGACGGCGGCGGCGGCGGCAGCGGCAGCGACAGGAGACAGUCACGCGUUCCAUGUGCUAUCAUCGCUGGCAUUACCGAAAGCCCUUCCGCCGCAGGUCUGCAUGCAGGCGAGCUCCAAGGCUCCUGCCGGCUCGCCUGCGCCCACCCCUCCCGGCAGCGGCGAGGUCCUCAAGGCGUCGCCGAUGCUGCCUUCUGGACCGUUGUUGUUGGCGCCCACGACGCCGUUGCUUCCCUUCGGCACCGAGAGCAGUGGCGGUGACGCGAGCACAGCCGACCAGCGGAAGUCCCUCACAGGUGUCAGCGACCUGACGCGCAGCAGCGGAGCCUCUGCGGUCACCAGCCACAGUGACAGCGGCAGCGAUGGCCAAGUUGGCGCAGGAAAGGUGAUGGCGGGGUUGGCGGCGGCGACGAAGGUGGCAGAGGGCGGAGCGGAGGCUGCAAACCGCCACCUGGCCGCAGCUCGAAAUCCUCACCCCGAGGGAGAUCGCGGUCACCUAUGCGAGGCUUCAGUGGCAAGCUACUGGGCUUGGUCCACCGCACAAGUGGCAGCGGCAGCGGCUGCGGUGCAGACAGCGCCAAUGCAGCAAAUGCAGACGGGCCCGGGCUCCAUGGUGGAAGGGGAGGGGGAUGAAAAUGCAAGCGACGUCUCGGGCGGAUCGGCGGUUUCGGAGGUGCUGGAUGCGUCGACGCCCACCGCGGACUACCGCCGUGGGAAGCGGUACCGGAAGCUGCUCAAGGUUCUCGAGUCCCCUGCGGUGCAGCGAGCGGCUCGCGACUUCCGGUGGCAGGCGCUGCUCGCCAAUGUGGCCCAGCUGGUGACAAACCUGCUGGCCUUCAUCCUGCUCACAGUGCUGCUGCACAGGGAGAUGCAGCAGGUGGAGACGCUGUACGACGCCACGUCCAUCAGCAGGCUCAUGCAUGAGUCGCUAAUCAUCAUGCAGAAACUCAACAACCAUUACGAGGGCAUCUAUCCAGCUACAAAGUACUACACCAGCGAUACCGUGCCCAGUCUCUCCGAAAACCUCAAGGUCCACCUGGACCAGUUCUCAGACCUGGUGGCCGCCAUCUAUGCGGAAAUCGGCAACCGGCACCAGCAAGACAUUGAGGCACCGUACAAUCCGGACGACCCGCAGGAUAUUUGGAAUAAAAAGAUCUACAACGAGACGGUCUUCUACAACACAACGCCCUACCGCAUCGAGUACCGCAACUCCUCCCUUUGGGAGAUCAGCUCCUCCUUUAUAGAGAGAGCGUCCGAGGUCCAGCAUCUGCACCGCAGCUGGGGCAGCGUCCACAGCACCUUGGCCAAUUUCGACGCAUACCGUUGGAGCAUGACCAACGGCCUGGCUCCCUUGUACAGCGGCUACAGCGAUGCCCUACUGCAGCUCACACAUUCAGCAAUCCACUCAGCCAACAAGGUCAACAGGCUCCAGCUUGUUCUACUUAUAGUGCAGGGCUGCGCUGUAUGCGUGGUACUGCUCAUCUACAUGUGGUGGCUACAGCGGCGGGUGUCGCAGCAGCGCUACAGCCUCUACUCGCUGUUCAUGCUGGUUCCCGUGGGCCUACUGCGCGCGCUGGCGUCAAAAUCUGUCGCUGUCAACGAUAAUUCGGACGCUGAGGCAUCUUCUGAUGGAGAGCACGCGGAUCAGAUGGUCGUGGACCAGGGCGCUCGGCCCGCAUUCAACUUGCUGUCAAAGAACAGCAUCGGCAACGGUGCUUCAGGCGAUGGAGCCCCUGGUACGCUACAGCGCCUGUUCACCUGGGCUAGCCGAGGCUCAGGCAGCGGCUCGCAAAAGCCACCUCUGCCGCCAUGCUCGGAUGGCCGCAACGGCGGAUACCAACAUGACCACCAUCAUCACAACCACCACCGCAACCACCAUAACAACCAUCAUAACCAGCACCACAACAACCAUUACGGGCAUGGCGGCGGUGGGGGCGGCGGCGGAACCGGCAGCUCGCAUCACAAGCGGCGUCACCUGGUGCCCUCCAACCACGACUCGGUGUCGCUGUUGGCGCCCUUUGUAGUGUGGGGCAUCCUCAUCUGCAUCCUCUACGCAGUGGGCUUUAUUUUGCUCCAGGGAGCCCAGGGACCGCUGGCCCUGCUGAGCGCCCACAACGUUGCGGUUGUGCGCAUGCAUCGCCUCAUCUUGUACAGCCUGCAAGUGAACAGCCAGCCCAGUAAUGAGAGCAAGAACAUGCUGCAACCGAUCAUAUUGCAUGAGCUACAAUCCUUUGAGGCGCGGCUGCGCACCCGGACCGAAUGGGAUAUCGUACUGUACGGCGCGAACGACACAAUGCGACAAGAGCGGCGCUUCAGCCUCUGCAUCGCCAGUGCGGCUUUCAACGGGCGGAGCUUGUCCAACAAAAUAUUUCGACUCAAUGGCUGCCUGCCCGCCUCGUUGGGAGAGAUUGGGGUAUCUUGCCCUGCAGAUAACACCUCCUUCUAUGCGUCCACGGUCCACGGUGUGGACAUGAUGGUGGAGCGGUUCAAGGAGGAUGUGGCCUACCUGGCUAAGUUGCCUCUGCAGCUGCUGUCCAUCAACAACACCCACCUGGAUUACAUAAUGAUGGAGGGAGAGGGAAAUCUUGAGCUGGGCAUCAACAUGGUGUCCCGCAGCCUGCUUUCCCACGUGCACAGCCUGUUCAAGCAGGUUACCCUGCUGCAGAUCUUCAGCCUGGUGCUCAGCUGGCUGCUGGCGGUGGCCUUCAUCUUCAUGCAACUGCGGCCCUUUGUGAGGGCCAACCGCGUUGAAACGCAGCGCAUUGCCCGCAUGCUGAGCGAGCUGCCGCCCGAAGUGGACAUCGAGGCUAUCGUGACUCGGCGCAGCCGCCUCUUCAGCCGGCUAUAUCUCGAUCGCAUCCUCCGUUAG